AUGGCAUCAGCAGCGACGACGGAUCCGGGUUUUAAUCCCGGAGCCAUAGGGUUACCAGAGUCUGUGGUCCCCGCUAGCAUGUUUGCUCCAGCGCGGGGAUGCGGCGAGGACGACGGGGCUGAGUGCUUCGAGGACGGGGAGAUGUUCAACGGCGAGGCCGUGGAUCUCGGCAUUGACUUCUCCAGCAAGGCAGACCUCAUCCUGUUGAGAGAGCGUGCCGAAGCUGGCGGCCAGGUCAGAGAUUACCUUAUUCGCCGUCGAGUGGGAGAAGCGGACUUCCUGGAGGUUAGGGUGGCUGUAGUGGGGAAUGUGGACGCCGGUAAGAGCACUCUGCUGGGUGUGCUGACUCAUGGAGAGUUGGAUAAUGGACGUGGCUUUGCACGACAGAAGCUCUUCAGGCACAAGCAUGAAAUGGAGAGUGGCCGCACCAGCAGCGUGGGCAAUGACAUCCUGGGAUUUGAUCAAGAAGGCCAGGUAGUUAACAAGCCUGACAGUCACGGAGGCAGCCUGGAUUGGACCAAGAUCUGCGAGAAGUCUUCUAAAGUCAUUACCUUUAUUGACCUUGCUGGCCAUGAGAAAUACUUGAAGACUACUGUGUUUGGAAUGACCGGCCAUCUGCCUGAUUUCUGCAUGCUGAUGAUUGGAAGUAAUGCAGGAAUUGUUGGCAUGACCAAAGAGCACCUGGGUUUGGCAUUAGCUCUCAAUGUUCCUGUCUUUGUGGUGGUUACAAAGAUUGACAUGUGUCCAGCUAAUAUUCUUCAAGAGACCUUGAAGCUCCUGCAGAAGAUAUUAAAGUCUCCAGGAUGCAGAAAGAUCCCUGUCCUAGUCCAGAACACAGACGAUGUCAUCGUCACAGCAUCCAAUUUCAGUUCUGAGAGAAUAUGCCCCAUCUUCCAGAUCUCUAACGUCACAGGAGAAAACAUGGACCUGCUGAAGAUGUUCUUGAACCUGCUCUCCUCCAGAAGCUCAUUCAAAGACCACGAGCCUGCCGAGUUCCAGAUAGACGACACCUAUUCAGUACCUGGUGUAGGAACAGUAGUGUCUGGGACCACGUUACGAGGGCUGAUUCGACUGAAUGACACUUUGCUUCUUGGACCAGACCCUUUGGGCGCUUUCCUCUCCAUCACUGUCAAAUCCAUUCACCGCAAGAGGAUGCCUGUGAAAGAGGUCCGCGGUGGACAGACGGCCUCUUUUGCUCUGAAAAAGAUCAAGCGCUCUUCAAUAAGGAAGGGCAUGGUCAUGGUGUCACCACGAUUAAACCCGCAGGCAUACUGGGAGUUUGAGGCAGAGAUACUAGUUUUACAUCACCCGACGACCAUCUCGCCUAGAUAUCAAGCAAUGGUGCACUGCGGUAGCAUCAGGCAAACAGCCACAAUCCUCUCUAUGACCAGUGACUGCUUACGCACAGGAGACAAAGCUACCGUACACUUCCGCUUCAUUAAAACCCCAGAGUACCUGCACAUAGACCAGAGGCUCGUGUUCAGAGAGGGAAGAACCAAAGCUGUGGGCACCAUCACGAAGUUGCUCCUGUCAACAAAUAAUCAGCCGUCAAACUCGAAACCUCCGCAAAUCAAGAUGCAGUCAACAAAGAAAGCCCCAGCUAGAAGAGAGGAUGGAGUGGCCCCGUCCAAUGAGGAGAGCGCUAGCACAGGAUCGCCAGCCGCCCAGCAAAACGUACCACAACAGGCAGAAAUGGAGGAAGACCCUCAAAACAAAGAGAACAAGCCAAAGUCUGGAGGCAGAAGACGAGGAGGUCAGCGGCACAAAGGCAAACCUCAAAGCAAUUCCGCAGUGACCCUCGCUGGUACGGUCGGGGGCUGCUAAAGAGUCCAGCUCAACCUCCAUGUUUUACUCGCGUCUUUCACCUGCCCACAAGGACCAGACCAGACCACUUUGAUGACAAGGCUUAAGAGUUCACAGAACCAACUUGCACAUUGUUUUGUGAAUUUUAAUUUAUUAUAAGAUGUGCGUGUGUUCGUAGACUGUAUAUACCGUAAAUUGAGACUAUAGGACACAUACUGCAUAGUGGUUCUGUUUUGGCUGUAAAUGUCAACAUAAGAAGGAUACAUUUUAAGUCCAUUCUUCUUGCUGAACAUGACAUCAUGUACUUGCUCUAUGACUGUCAUUAUUAUCACAUUUUUAGGAUAAUCCCAAUGGAAAUGAUGUAAAGCUCUGGCGGCUGAACUCUUCAUUAUGUAGCUAACUGUUUUUAAGGGACUAUUAACGAGACCUGUCACACAAUUGCGUUUAAUUUGAAUUAGCAUUGUUAUUGUGGACCAUGACUAUAAGAACUGGAUGCAUUCCUGAUGCUUUCGGUAGGUGUUAAGACCUGAAUUCAGUGGGGGCUGAGGACACUGUAACUAAAGUUUGCUGGCAGCUAGUUUAGUGUGAAAUGUGAAUUGGCAAUUAAACACGCAUUGAAAUCUAAUCACACUCAUUGCUAAUUACCUCAUAUUACAGUUUAUUUACACUUGCCCAAAUCCUUUGUCAAGCUGAGCAAAUCACUCGUGUUAUCAGGCCUUACAGACUUGGCUCAGGAUCUGGGAACAUACUCAACUUAUCAAAUAAGAUACUUCAGAGUACCCAGUGAAAUAUACACAGAGCAAGGGAUGAAGAACAGAAUGUAGAUCUUGAGGUUAUAAAAUGUGUAUAAUAGUUCAUGAUUGGGAAACUUUACAAACCAGUGCCAGUUGUUCUUAAGAAAGAAAAAAAGUUGUAUUAACCUUUUUUCCAGCUGUGAUCUAUAGGCCUUCAGAACACUUGCUGUAAUUUCUUUCAGAUGGUUUUACUGUUUAUUGAGCUUUAGUAUUCACACCCUAGUGGCAAUAUACCUGGACCAUUCUCUGCGUUUUCAUGUGAAACUCAUUUUCCACUACCAAUAUACAAAUAAACUGAUGUUCACAAUA